AUGACUGAUCCUCAGCCUCAAUAUAAACUCACGGAGGAUCAAAAGCAGCACUGGCUCGACCAUGGCUUCGUCAAAGUCCCUCAGUGCUUCACUCGCGAAGCCGCUGCAGAGUUCACCUCCUCGGUUUGGACUCGCUUGGGUGUCUCACCCACCGACAAGACAACCUGGACCAAGGAGAAGGUGAAUAUGCCUGGUCACACGAUGAUCAGCGUGGAAACCUUUGCCCCCAAAGCUUGGCAUGCCAUCUGCGAGCUCGUUGGUGGAGCUGAUCGGGUAGCAGACUGGUGCAAAGACUGGAAAGAUGGUUGGAUUGUGAACAUGGGGAAGCCUGAAUACAACGCAGAGGAUGCUUUAGAUCUUCGAUCUUUAACUGAUUGGCAUAAUGACGGCGAUUGGUUUGUUCAUUUCUUGGAUAGCCCUGAGCAAGCAUUGUUGGUUAUUCCAUUGUUUAGUGAUAUCCAGUCUAAGGGCGGUGGGACUGCGAUCUGUACCGAUGGUAUAGGACUAGUAGCUCAACAUUUGCAUGAUCACCCGGAGGGAACAUGGCCAUCCCUUACCUCUCAUCAUGUCCCAAAUACUCCCAGCGAGCAACCACACCUUUGGAAUAAGUGGGCGCAUUCCUCAACGGAUACAAGGAGUGAGUCUUUUCACGAGGCUACUGGGAAAGUGGGAGAUGUAUAUCUUCUACAUCCAUUCAUGCUACACUCCGCUUCUCGAAACCUCCGCCGCGACGUUCGAAUUAUCACCAAUCCACCAGUGGCCCUCAAAGAGCCCUUCAAUUUUAGCCGUGCGGAUGGUCAGUAUAGUCUGGUUGAGCAAAAGACUUUGAGAGAUUUGGGUAAGCCCGAGGGUCUACCAGAAUGGAAGAUCACGGGUUCGAGGGGACUGAUUACUCCACGCCGUAUAGAGAUACAAUCGAAGAUGGCCCGUGAGGAGGUGGAACGGUUGGAACGGUCCGGCGAAGCUCUCACUAAGCUAGCCGGCGCUAAACAUGUGGAGUAUUAUCCGUCAUGA